CCAAACAAUCAAGAAUUCUUCAAUAGUAUUAAGCUCGUUUUCUUGUUUGGGAACAACAAUGGGAGCAGAAAGCAAAGUAUUCACCCAUUCUCAAGUUUCUGCUCACAACACUUCUGAAGAUUGUUGGGUCAUCAUUAAUGCUAAGGUUUACAACGUAACCAACUACUUGACUGACCAUCCUGGUGGUGAUGAAGUGUUGCUAGCAGCAGCAGGCAAGGAUGCAAGCGAAGAAUUUGAGGACGUAGGGCAUGGCAGUGCGGCCAGGUUGAUGUUGGAUGAAUUCUACAUUGGGGAGAUUGAUCCAUCCACCAAUCUCGCUACCAUAACUGGAGAUACAACAUUAGGUCCGACUAAAGAUGUGAAAGACAAGCCGUUACAAUCGACAAAUAAACUUCUUUAUUUUGUACUGGCCCUUGCAAUCAUAGUACUGGGCUUGGGGAUUCACUUCUUCGACGUGUUCACCUAAGUUAUCAAACUUUGAGUUCUAGACAUUUACCCCAAAUACGUACAUUGACGACUUCUUUAUAAUUAAAUAAAGUUACUUACUAUA